AUGCAACAAAUCAGGCAAGGCAUACAGAAAACCAUCAGUGGAAGAGCGGCAUCGAUAACAAUGAAGGGGGCACAUCCAUACAAGGCUAUGACUGAGCAUUGCAGCACUGUCACAUUAAGGAGACAUGCAAUAAAUGCAGCAAAUGUGAGAAAGGUGGCAAUAAUUUAUCCUAACAAUGUCUUAGCAAUGAAUGUUUAUAUGGUGCAGGAGUUCAAGGCACAACUGAUCCAACCCAUACUGAACAACACAGUGACCUCUAUUUGUGACAUGCAUCUUGAAUAUCAGAGUGUUAUGGAUGAUAUGGCCAAGAAAAAACAAAUGGUUUGGAAACCCAAUGCACCACAAGCCGAGGAAUUGAUGACAUCCACGACUAAUGAAUAUUACCCUGGAGCUAAGAAGAAACACCGGAAUAGUAAACGAAGGAUUAAGAGAACAAUCAUCAAUAUGUCACAGGAAUGGAAAAGGGAUAGGACCUACCAUCAUUAUGCCAUAGCAUCCAUCGGAGCAAAGCUAAAGACAACUUGGCAUAAUUCUAUUCUCCAGCCAUACCUACCGUGGAAUCCUGAUACGGCUAAAAGAAAAUGGAAGAACCGUACACUUUGCCAGGAAAUCGGAUCGGGAAGCCAGCCAGAGCAAUCUCAUAGGAUUAUCCGAAUUCGUGACAUUACCGGAAAAAGACCUAAUUUCGAGUUUAUAUGUGCAAGUAGGAAUGAUAGAAAAGAAGGUUACAAAAGGGUAAAUGCUAGUAAUCCGGCUGUAACGAAAGAAAUCGAAAAUGAACCAGAAAUUACAAUAAGUAACGGAAACAGUAACUUAGAUGUCUGCAUCGUUGAUUCACCCUGUAACAUCCAACCAUCCGAUACACCACCACCAUGGAAGACCUGUUGA